UCCAGAUGUACGAAACAAUUACUACUUUGUUUAAUGUCGAAGUAUGUAAAUGUCGGAGGAUUAUCAGAUCGUGGCAAAGAUGUUUUCCCUAAUAAAUAAAUAUAUCUACUAAUGAUAAAUUAUUUUGUUAAUCUUAAAAUGUAAUUGAUAAUGAUAUUAAAAAAUAAUGUUAUAAUAAAAAUACUUAAAAUUAUGAUAAGUAUAUAUUGAAAUGAUUAAAAUAAACAAAAUGCAACUUAAAUUAUUUUUUGUUAAAAUAAUACAUUUUUUAAGUGUAUCAGCUAUUUAUUUUCUUCACAUUUAAAGAAUAUAUGCAUUUAAAACAAUGAAAUAUUUGAAGAUAGUACUUUUUUGCUUUUCACAAUAAAAUUAAUAUUUAAAAUAUAUUUUAACCAAUGUUGAAGUGUAUUAUGUGAUCAAGUUCUUGUUCUUUAAUUUGACUAUCAAGUAAUAAAAAGAUAAAUCAAUAAUUCUUUUUUCUUUUAAUAUUUAUAAAAUAAUGGCAACAUAUCCAAAAGUAGAAGGUUAUAAAAUUCAUAAAAACAUUGGCAAAGGAAGCACAUCAACUGUAUAUUUGGCUCAAUCAAAUCAAAAUGUUAAAAACUUAGUUGCAAUUAAAGUCAUUGAACGAAACAAACUUUCAAAAAGUGCAAAAGAUGCUGUGAUUACAGAAAUUGGAGUUAUGAAAGCUUUAAAACAUCAACAUAUUGUUCAGAUGAUUGAUUUUGUUUGGGAUUGUAAAAACAUAUAUAUAAUUUUAGAACAUUGUGAUGGUGGUGAUCUAUCUUCAUUUAUUAAACGUCGAACUAAACUUCCUGAAAAAGUAUGCAAAAAAUUUAUGCAACAGUUAGCAUUAGCUCUACAAUAUUUACGUUCUCAUAAUGUUUCUCAUUUGGAUCUUAAACCUCAAAAUUUAUUAUUAAUAAAAUCACCAAUAUUAACUCUUAAAGUCGGAGAUUUUGGAUUAGCAAAAUUUAUGAGUGAAAAAACACAAGCAGAAAAUAUUAGAGGGUCACCUUUGUAUAUGGCACCUGAAAUGCUACUCCAUCAACGAUAUGAUGUUAAAGCAGAUUUGUGGUCAGUUGGAGUAAUUACAUAUGAGUGUAUGUUUGGUCAUGCACCAUAUGCAUCUAAUUCAAUUAAAGAUUUAUAUGAUAAAGUAAAAAAAGCAACACCAAUAGAAGUACCCAAAACACAAGUUAGUGCUAAUUGUCAACAUCUAUUAAUCAAUUUACUGAAACACAAUCCAUCUGAAAGAAUGAGUUAUGAUGAGUUUUUUAGACAUCCAUUUUUAGAUUUAGAGCACUUGCCAAAUGCAGAAUCUUAUGCAAAGGGAAUAGAUGCAAUUAGGCAAGCUGUUAAAUUAGAUUCUGAAAAAAACUACAAAGCUGCAUUUUCUAAAUAUUGUACUGGGCUUCAAUACUUAAUACCAUGUUUGCAAAAUGAAUCAGAUAAAUUAAAAAAACAAGAAUUUCAGAGGAAAUUAAAUGAGUACACAAAUCGUGCUGAAGAACUCAAAGCUGUUCUUUAUAUUUCAAAAAUUAAAAUUGAUGAUAGUAAUAAAACUGAUUAUAAUUCUAUGGAAAAAGAAUCUAGUGGACAUUCACAAACCUUAAUUUCUUUGUGUAAAAAUACACCACAGUUAGCUAGUGCUAUUGAAAUUGCACUCUCAGGUCAAAUGUAUUUGGUGGAGGGUCAAUAUGAAGCUGCUGUAGAAAAUUAUAAAAUUGGACUGAAACUAUGUGAAAAAUUACUGGAAAAAGAACCAUUGGGAAUUCGAUAUGACUUACUUGUAAAACAGAUAUCUGAAUGGAAAGUUCAAUGUGAAAAUGCAUCAACAUUAUUAGAAUCUAAAAUUGAGAAAAUAGGUGAAACUUCAGUUGAUGUUCCUGAUGGAUUUUCACCAUUAUCCAAAGGGAAUUUGAUGUAUUUCAAUAUUAUUUUUUUAAUUUUAUAUUUUUUUAUACAAUACUUUUUUUAUUGAAAAAUGCAAUUACUUUGUAAAUUCUUAAAAAAAAAAAUGUUGAAAUAUGAUUAUUAGGUUUUUUUUUUUAUUUAAUAAAACUUUUCAUAUUUAACAAUUUAUUAAUUGAUCAAAAUAUUUAAAUGUGUAAAAUCAAAUUGUGAUACUAUUUUUUAAUGAUAUCAAUGAUGAUUGAAUUGUUUGUUUAUAGAAAUAAAUAAAUUGUUUCAGAUACAUGUAUAAUUCAAUGAAA